CGCUGCUUCACCCUCGCUCGUCACCUCUACGCAAUCUCUCUCGCGCUUGUCUCUUGCUUUCUCCUUCCGAGAGAGAGAAAGGGAGUCCAGAGAGCGGCGUAUUAUCGUCUGCCGGCGGCGGCGGAGGCGGGGGAGCUCUUUGGAAAGGGCCGGAAGCGAUGGAUCCGGACGCGCUGGCGAAGGCGUUCGUGGAGCACUACUACCGGACGUUUGACACGAGCCGUCCGGGGCUGGGGAACCUCUACCAGGAGGGCUCGAUGCUGACCUUCGAAGGGGCGAAGACGCAGGGGGCGCAGGCCAUCGUCGCCAAGCUCACCAGUCUUCCCUUCCAGCAGUGCCAGCACAACGUCUCCACCGUCGACUGCCAGCCCUCCGGCCCCGCCGGCGGAAUGCUCGUCUUCGUCAGCGGCUCCCUCCAGCUCGCCGGCGAGCAGCACCCCCUCAAGUUCAGCCAGAUGUUUCAUUUGAUGCCAACACCUCAGGGAAGCUUCUAUGUGCUGAAUGACAUAUUCCGGCUGAACUAUGCUUGAGGAGUCUCAGAGCUGCUGGCUGUUUCAGGAAUGCCGGGCGAUAAAAGUGUUUUGUGUUAUGGAUUUUCUAUUGAAUGAGGGUGGUUGUUCUCUUAUUUGGCUGUUUAUUUCGCUUUGUGGUUGAAUCGAUGGUUUGAAAAGGAAUGUUAAAACCUGCCAUAGAUUUACAGAAAUGAGAACAUGAUCAUUUCUAUAUAUUAUUUCCUCUUGUUUGAGGGGGACAUGUUUUGUUGCUUUCUUCAGUAGAUCAAUAAUGAAAUGGCUAGUUUGGACAGCCAGAUUAUGUAAAAAGUUAUGCGAACACUAUGGUAUGGUUUUUGCAAUGGUAGCUUGUCUUUUCUCUCA